AUGAGACCUAUUUUAUUACAAGGACAUACUCGAUCUCUUACUCAGAUUAAGUAUAACAAGGAGGGUGAUCUUCUUUUCUCGGUCUCGAAGGAUCACGUUGUGAACGCUUGGUAUUCACACAAUGGAGAACGUCUAGGAACUUAUAACGGUCACAUUGGUGCUAUUUGGUCUGUGGAUGUAAAUUCAACGACCACUCUUUUAAUUACUGGCUCCGCUGAUAAUACAGCAAAACUUUGGAACGUUCAAAAUGGCAAAUGUUUGCACACUUGGGAAUUUAAGACUGCGGUAAAGCGUGUCGAAUUUUCGGAUGAUGACACCAUGGCACUUGCUAUAACUGAACAGCGCAUGGGUUAUCCGGGGUCGAUAGUCAUUCUAAAGAUCAACCCAGAUGUUGAAGCAGAACAAUAUAGUACAUAUAUUAAUGUCAUACACCCCAAAGGUUCAAAAGCGAUGGUGGCGGGCUGGGGUUAUCUCAAUAAGUAUAUAGUAGUCGGACACGAAGAUGGCAGUGUUUCUUUGUAUGAUUGGAAGGCCUCUGAUCAAAUUAAAUCGAUUCAUCCUCACACUGCUGAGAUCACUGAUCUUCAGUUUUCUGAGGAUCGUACAUAUUUUGUCACUUCUUCAAAGGAUAAAUCAGCACAGAUUUUUGAAUCUAAUACUUUAAUUCCUCUAAAGAAGUAUGUGACUGAUGCUCCACUUAAUUCUGCCGCAAUUACACCAAUUCAGGAAUUUGUCAUUUUGGGUGGUGGUCAAGAUGCUAUGCAGGUUACGAUGACUACGUCGCGACAAGGUAAAUUUGAGUGUCGAUUUUGGCAUAAGAUUUUGGAGGAAGAAGUUGGUCGAGUGAAAGGUCAUUUCGGGCCUAUCAAUACUAUUGCUGUUCAUCCUGACGGCAGAAGUUUUUCAUCGGGAGGGGAAGAUGGCUACGUUCGGGUUCAUCAUUUCGACGAAGAUUACUUUAAAUUCAAAUAUCCUGAACUACUUUAA